AUGGAUAAAUUUUCAAGGGUUUCCGAUCGUCAGAAGAGGCGAUUAAUUAAAAAGGAAUUAAGUAAUCUUACAAAGAAAAAAUGUGAAUAUAAUUUAAGUAAUGGAGUCUCUGAUAUGUCUUCGUCUCAAGCUGAGCCGUUACCUGUCUGUGAUUUGAUCGAAACACCUUUAGAUGGUGAUAUGAUAUUUGAUUCAUCCGACAGCAUCAAAAAUAAUUCGAAAAACACACCAAUCGAUAUUCCACCUUUAAUUCCAAAAACCUUAAAUAGUUUACAGCUUCGGCAAGAUUUUUUUCCUUCUUGUAGAUUUACUCUUUCUGAGUCUAAUAACCAAACUAAUCAAGUUUACGAUAAAAAUGAACUAUUAAAAAGUGAUUUAAGAAAAUGGACUAUAGAUCAUAAUAUUUCCCAUUCCGCGAUUAACGCCUUGUUAAAAAUACUAAAUAAAAACAUGGAAAAUGCUCUUCCAACUGACGUACGUACUCUAGUGCAGACUCCUAAGAAUAUCUCUAAAGAAUUUGAACAGCUUAGUGAAAAUCAAACCUAUGUCCAUUUUGGUUUUAAGGAAGGAUUAACCAGAUCUAUAAAAACAUAUUUUAAAAACUACCCUCAGAGUGUAAAGAUAAAUAUAAAUGUUGAUGGAUUACCACUUACAAAAAGCUCCGCAAGCCAGUUUUGGCCAAUAUUAGGUUGUUUAGUAGAAAAUUUUAACACCGAACCUUUUGCAAUUGGAAUAUUUCAUGGCAAAACGAAACCGCAGGAUGCAAAUAAUUAUUUGAGAAAAUUUGUAGAAGAAGCCCUUAUUUUAUUGAAUAAUGGUUUAUUUAUUGAUAACAAAAGAAUUAAUGUACAAAUUAAUGCAUUCAUUUGCGACACUCCAGCAAAGUCGUUCAUAUGUGGAACCAAGGGACAUUCCGGUUAUUUUGCUUGUACCAAAUGUAUUCAGGAGGGUGACUUUGUUCAAAACAGAGUAACUUACCCGGAAACAAAUUGUACCUUAAGGACAAAUGAGUCAUUUAGGAAUAAACUGCAGCCUGAAUAUCAUAGGUUUACUAGCAUUUUAGAACAACUGAAUAUAGAUAUGGUGGUACAAAUACCACUAGAUUAUAUGCACUUAAUUUGUUUAGGAGUAGUUAAAAGACAACUUCAAUUUUGGGUGCAAGGAAAAUGUAAUAUAAGACUUAAACCGCCUUUGCUAAAAGAAGCUGAGAGUCGAAUUAGUUCUUUUAGAAAUUUAUUUUUACAAGAGUUCAGCCGAAAGGCCAGAAGUUUGAGUGAAGUUGAUAGGUGGAAAGCCACUGAAUUUAGGGUGUUUUUGCUAUAUACUGGAGGGGUAGUUAUGAAAGAUUUGCUGGCUGAAAACAUUUAUCGCCAUUUUCUUUGUUUAAUAGUGGCCAUAAGAAUCUUAGUAGACGAGAAUAAACUGAAAACCUAUGGAAAUUAUGCAAAUGAACUAUUAUUAUUUUUUGUUAAGAAAUAUGGUAGCAUCUACGGAAUGGAAAGCCUGUCAUUCAACGUACACAAUCUCAUUCAUCUAUAUAACGAUGUGCAAAAUUUUGGUGCCUUGGACAAGUUUUCAGCUUUUAAAUUUGAAAAUUUUAUGUAUAGUUUAAAAAAGAAACUUAAACAAUCCAGUAGGCCUCUUGAGCAAAUAUCCAAUAGAAUUUAUGAAGAGAAUGCUGUAACCACAUUUUCCAAUAAUGAUGAAGAAAUUGAUUAUCCCAUCAUCCAAUUUAAUAAAAUUAUCGAAUUCAUGGCUUUUGCUGUGGUAAUAUUCGCAGAUGGAACAGUGUCGGAGAUACCAACAAGUUGGUUAACACCGGAUCACAAAAAAUGUUUUUGGCCAGAUGGCAAAAAUUGUUACUUUCUUAUGAAAAGUGGUAAACUGCCUGAGAAAAACUGGUCUUGUCAUGAAGUUAGAGUUGAGUGUUAUUGUGAUAGCCUAGAAAAAGCUAGAAGAAAAGCCGAAAAUUCUGACUACACUACUGGAGAUGAAGCACUUGGAAGAGGUUGUAGGUCCCCUGUAAAAAAUAAGCAGUAUUCUAGCUCUUCAUCAGAAGCUGGUUUAACAUCAGAUGAAUUUUCUCCGCCACCCCUUUUUGAAGCAAGGACCGUCAUUGGGAAAGGUAAACCAUUAAAACAAAACAUCGAAAAGAAAAAACAAUUAACAACAGAAUAUAAUGAAGGUAGAAUGAGUAUAGAAGAUAUGCCUAUUAUUUUUGAAGAAAACAACGAAUCAGAAGCCACAAUAGGUAAACUAUUUAUAUUUUCAGUGAAUGCAUAUUAUCUACUUAAUAUCGUUAUUUUGACAGCUAGUUUUGAGAGGGAAGAACCAUCAGACGAUACCAAUCCAGGGGCUGCUAUAGCCAACGCUGAAAAUUCAUGUGCUGCUACGGCGAACAUUGAAAUUAAUGAGUAUGUUGUGUCUGAAACCUCGGAAAGUCUUGAAGGCCAAAGCGAAGUCGAUGAAUUUAUUAAUAAUUUACAAAAUCAAAAUGACCCUAACACAUUGAAUCUCUCUAAUGAAACCUUGCUAGAGAAUAUAUUACGAUACAAUAUAAAAAUUUUCUUCAUUGUGAAAGGAAUAAAGGAAAAAUUGGACAAACUAAAUAUAAAUAAUAAUACUAAAUCCAAAAUAUUUGAAUACUUUGAUGACACAUUGCCAAUAAAGACUGAAGCUGAAUAUAAUCAAUUUAACGAGUAUCUUGAGAACUCGAAAAAUAAGGAAAAUUUUUCUUUAUAUGUUAAGCUUAUCGGGGGAAACAAUGAAAAACAAAUAAUUACCAACAUAUUACAAAGAAUUUUUGAUAACAGCUUUGCCGAAAAACUUUCCUGGCUAGGAUAUAGGAAUCAUAUUAAGUUAGCAGGAACAAACAUAAUGAAAAUAGUAACAGACUACAUAAAAUCGAUGAACAUUCAGGAAAGCACGAUAAGAACAUACGCUAGCGACUGGCUCAAAUUUGCUAAACAAAGAAGGGACAGAAAUGAAAAAAAAGAAAAUAAAUAAAUACCUAAUUAUAAGAGCUAAAUUUUUUUUUUGUUUUUAGAAGAAUAGUUAAUUUUGUUUAUUUUAUUAUUAUUUAUAAUUUUUUAAAAAAGAGAAUAAAUUUUUGGUUUAUCGCAUAACUUGUAAGUUACUUAAAAAUACCUGUCGCACAAAGCUAACAAAAGUAAAUUACAGGCAAGUAACAGAAAUCACGUAAAAUAUUUAGUUAGAAAAUUAACUUCCAUGUAACUUGGAGGCCCAUCUUAUAAUGUUCUUAAAAUUGUACCUUACAUAUAACUGCUACUUUGGUAACAUGCGCCGGACAUUUUAUAUGUAAUAUCAGGUAUAAGAUUAUGUGUAAUUUCAACCUCUAAUGUUACGUUACUGGUUAACAAAGUUUGGUUGAUUUUAACGUUGUCGUUACGUAACAUUGUUUGCUGG